CUUUUCUCUUCCAAGCUAGUUCCUUCAUGGUAUUCAGAGCCACAAUGGCUCACGCCACCUCUAGUCGAUCCUAACUAGCACGGCCCUAUGCCGUCCCUCCUCGUCUUCGAAUCGCGUGCAUCCGAUCGUCGCGCCAUUUCGGCGUGCAGCCGGCCGCCGCAUCUUCCUUCCGCAUCGGCCUUCGGCGACUUAAGAGCUGCGCUCCGCGCACCUAUCCUUCUCCUCCCUCCCCCCCUUUUUCCUCCUCCUUUCCUUUUCCUCCUUCCCCCCCCACCUUCCUUCCCCUCCUCCUCCUCAAUGGCGUCCGAUUCCUCAGUGGACCUUACCUCCGUCGACGCUCUUGAGCUGCUGCCCGACAACACCGCGGUCAAUUGGCAUUCCUAUGCCCAAACCGUCACGGUGCUUCUCUCCUCGGUGACGGUCAAUGGCUACAACCUGAAAGCCGUUGUCCAUCUCGAGGAGCGCGGUCUUCAGCCUGCCCAGCCGGAUGCUCCCGCGGGCCCUGCACCUCCUCCUCCUGGCGAUGCUCCCGUCAGCCCCGGCGAUCCUCCAACCUUCGCCCCUGAUGUCAACGACCCUCAGAGCUCCGAGACCGCCAUCCGCACCUACCGUGCCGGCCUCACCGACCACGUCCGCCAGCAGCUGCUCUUCGAGGCUUCCAGCGCCGAGCAUGACGCCGCCACUGCCGCCUACAACACGUAUCAGGCGGCGCUCGCGGAGUACGUCAGGCGCGAGCGCGCAUACAUCACCGACCUUGCUGCCUGGCGUGUCGCUGACCGGCGCGCGCUCACCAUCCUCCUCGCCACCAUUCCUCCCACCCUCAAGCGAGAGCUUGCUCCCACCUCCUCCUCCCACCUCUGGCGCCUCCUCACCGAUCUCUAUGAUCGGCAGGACGUCGCCACCCUCUACUCUCUCAUUAAGGAGUUCCAGAGCCUCACCAUGGACGCCACCACCGGCGCAGCUGCCUUCACGCGUCGCGUCCUCGACCUCGCUCGGCGCCUGGCGGCUCUUGGCGUGCCGUACCCGGACCCAGUGCUCUGCUGCCAUCUCCUUGAAGGCUUGUCUCCUGCCUUCGACACCCAUAAGAUCGCCUACAUGCAGCUGAUCGACAAGCGCAUCACCCCGGCUGAAGUCGCCCAGUGGAUUAUCACCACCGAGGCCGACCUCUUGCGCCAUUCCUCCUCCACUGCCGCUGUUGCUCAGCAGCGCAACACCAGGGGAGGGCGUGGGGGUGGGCGUGGCGCUGGUCGUGGUGGUGGCGCGGGUCGUGGCAGCAAUGGCGCAGGACGUGGUGCAGCAGCCGCUUUUCCUCCUUGCCAGUAUCUCCCUCGCUAUGGCCCCACGCGGGGUCAGCGCUGCGGCCAGACCACCCAUGCCACUGACUCUUGCUUCAAAGUGCUCAGUGAUGAGUGGUUUGCCCGCGGCAACACCGGCACCCCCCCCCGCUGGUCCUCCCUCUCCCCUCGCCCCACUCCUCAGGAGGUUCGCACCUCCCCUCUUUUUCAGCCCGUCUCCUCCCCCUUGGCCCACCAGGCCGUCUCUCAGCAACAGCAGCAGCAGCAGAUCCUGCCGCAGCCGUUUCAGCAGCAGCAGCAGCAGCAGUUCCAGCAGCAGCAGCAGCAGCAGGGGCAGCAGCACCUCUUCUCCCAGUUGCAGCAGCAGCUCCACCAGCUCCAGCAGCAGCUUGACCUCCAGUCGCAGCUCCCCCUUGCACCUCCUCCUAUGGCUCCCCCCCAGCAGCCCUACUCCGCUUGGACCGCCGGCACCGCCGCUUCCGCAGCUCACCUCUCGGGCGCGUCUCCCGCGCCCUCAGCCACAGGCAGUGUGACUCCUUUCCCCUCCUCUGGUUUUGUUGGCAUGCUUAGUCACGCUGGCACCCCCGCCCCUUCUAUGUAUUCGGCUGCUAUUAAUGAGAAUGUGAUUCAGUACUCCGUCCCACCUCCUCCCCCACAUCCUCCCCCCUCCACCACACUGGACUUUGUCCUUGACAGUGGAGCCACCGAGUCCGUCCUUCGUGAUGCUGGUACCCUUCACCCUCUCCCAGCCCCCACCUCCCUCCUUGGUGCCGAUUCCAGCUUCUCUAUUCCCUGUCGCCACACCUCUACCCUCCCCUGUCCCCUCUUCCCCUCAGGUACCGUCACUAGUUUACACAUCCCCUCCCUCCGUACUAACCUCCUCUCCCAGCGAUCCCUGCAGCAGGCCGGUAUCACCACCGUCUUCCCAGGUCGCGCUAAUCACUGCCUCCUAUACCAUCCCACAGGUCGCCUCCUCUCCCGUAUUCCCUUUUGUCCUCGCUCUCGCCUAUAUACCCUUCGAGUUCCUCGUCUUCCCUCUGCCCAGGCAGUCUCCCACUCCCUCCCCCCACCUCACAUCCCUCCCCCUCCUCUCCCUCCUUCUAACCCAACCAUUCCCCCCCUCCCCCCUGACCCAACCUGCUCCUGUCGAUCCCUCUCCCAUCCCACCGUCCUCCUCCACCACAGGCUUGGUCACCCCAACUUUGCCACCCUUCGCUCGACCGUCUCCUCAGGUCUCCUUCGAGGUCUUCCCCUCACCCUCCCUCCCCUCCCUCCCUCCCUUGCCCCACCCUGCUCCGUCUGUGUCCAGAGCAAGCUCAGGCAGCUGCCGCAUCGGAGUUCCCCCUCCGCUGCUGCCCAGCCGCUUGAUCUUGUUCACAUGGACCUCUGGGGCCCCAACCCCUCCCCUUCCCGCCAGGGCCAUCGCUACAUGCUUGUUCUGGUCGAUGAUCACAGCCGAUAUUCGUCCGUCUCCCUUCUUCGCUCGAAGGGUGACGCUCCGGCUGCGAUCAUCGCCUGGCUCAAGCAGGCGAGCACCCACUUUGGCCGCCCUGUGCGCCGCCUUCACUCUGAUGGCGGUGGCGAAUUCCUUAAUCGUCAGGUAGCCUCCUACUGUGAGCUUCAUGGCAUUCGCCAGACUCACACCCUCCCCCACUCCCCCCAACAAAAUGGUGUGGCCGAGAGCCGUGUUCGGGAGAUCACCAAGAUUGCGCGGUGUCUCCUCGUCCAUGCCUCUUGCCCCCCUUCUCUGUGGGGCUAUGCCCUCCUUCACGCCACCCUCCUUACUAACCUGUACCCCCACCCUAUCCUUCCCUCCACCACUCCCACCGAGCUCUGGACGUCGGCCAAGCCUGACGUCUCCUCCCUCCGUGUGUGGGGCUCCAGGGCGUAUGUCCUCAUUCACCCUGCGGAUCGCCCCCGCACCAUGGGAAAGCUCGCCUCCCGUACCCUCCCCUGCAUCUUCCUUGGUCAUAAUCCCUCCUCCCCGGACUACCUCUUCCUUCACCCCCCCUCAGGUCGUUUCCUCCGCAGUCGGGAUGUAGUCUUUGAUGAGUCCACACCCUACUAUUCCACUCCUCCCCCCACUGACCCUCUCGCCCCUGCUCCCAGGCCCCUCAACUGGUCCGACACUAUCCCACCCCCUCUUCUCCCUCCCCCUCCCAUCCUCCCUCCCGCUCCACCUCCUCCAUUCCCCGCCGCCUCGCACUACGCUGUCGACUUCUUCGACACCUUCUCUCCCACCGCCAAGCCCGCUACCAUUCGCGCAGUCCUCGACCUCGCCGCUCGCCUCAACAUGGAGAUUCACUCCAUGGACGUCUCCAACGCAUUUCUCCAGGGGGUCUUGCGCGAGCUCAUUUUCAUGGAGCGUCCUGCAGGCUUCCACCUCCCCUUUCCUUCCAACUCUGUCUGGCAACUGCGUCGGCCGGUCUAUGGGCUCAAGCAGGCACCAAGGGAGUGGCAUGCCAAGCUUGCUGCCACCCUCGCCGAGCUUGGCUUCAGCACCUCCCGUGCCGACCCCAGCCUCUUCCUCCGCACCUCACCCUCCCCCUUCUACAUCCUCGUCUAUGUCGACGAUAUGAUCCUCAUCACUGCCGACUCCGCCGAGCUCGAGCGCGUCAAGCGUGAGCUUGGUAGCCGGCUCAAGUGUAAGGAUCUAAGGGAGCUGCAGCACUAUCUCGCUCCCCCUCCUCCUCCUCCCACCCCUACGCUGAGCUCAUCGGCUCUCUCAUGUAUGCCAUGGUAUCCACCCGCCCUGACCUGGCAUACCCCAUCAGCGUUUUAGCCCGCUUCGUUGGUACCGGCAAGCAUGAUGCCGCCCACUGGCAAGCGGCCAAGCGAGUCCUCCGCUACCUUCGGGGGACCAAGGACUACGUCCUUACCCUUGGCGGCCCCUCCCCUCCCCUCCUCACAGGCUACUCUGAUUCCUCCUGGGCUGACUCUAGGCCUGACCGCCGCUCCUCUCAGGGCUAUGGCUUCUCUCUU